CUGUGAGGGUGGCCAGUAACCUGCUUUGAGUGAGUGGCGGGGUGCGUGUGAAUCACUGUACAGCCAGACUAGGGGGUGUUGUGACCCCCCUCCCAGGAGGGGCGGGCAGUCUGAGCAGUUGUGAGUGCAGUGUGUGUGGUGUGACCUGGGGAGCCCAACAACUUGGUUCUGAGUGUGAGGUCGGGCCGGCGGAUUGAGUAGCUCGCAGCUGGGGCGGGCUGACCACAAGGCACGGGGGGGUGCCAGCUGUUCGGACUUUCCCCGGGGAUGUUUCAUUGCAUCCCCCUGUGGCGGUGUAACCGUCAUGUGGAGUCCGUGGAUAAGAGACACUGCUCCCUGCUCGCAGUCCCGGAGGAGAUUUAUAGAUACAGCCGGAGUCUGGAGGAGCUGCUCCUGGACGCCAACCAACUGCGGGAACUCCCCAAGCAAUUUUUCCAACUUGUUAAGUUAAGAAAAUUGGGCCUUAGCGACAAUGAAAUACAACGGCUUCCUCCAGAGAUAGCAAACUUUAUGCAAUUGGUAGAGCUGGAUGUGUCUCGAAAUGAAAUUCCUGAAAUUCCUGAAAGCAUCUCAUUUUGCAAAGCACUCCAAGUAGCUGAUUUUAGUGGAAAUCCACUUACCAGGUUGCCUGAUAGUUUCCCUGACCUUGCAAGCCUUACUUGUCUUUCCAUUAAUGACAUCUCACUUCAGGUGCUCCCAGAAAAUAUUGGAAAUUUAUCCAACCUGGUAUCUCUCGAGCUAAGAGAAAAUUUGUUAACGUUUUUACCAGAAUCUCUUGCGCAACUGCAUAGAUUAGAAGAGCUUGAUAUAGGAAACAAUGAACUUUAUAAUUUGCCAGAGACCAUUGGAUCACUAUAUAAACUUAAGGACCUUUGGCUAGAUGGAAAUCAGCUUGCAGAUUUACCUCCGGAAAUAGGACAUCUAAAAAAUCUUCUUUGUUUGGAUUUGUCUGAAAACAAACUGGAAAGGCUUCCUGAAGAGAUCAGUGGAUUGAAGUCACUCACAGAUCUUUUAGUGUCACAUAAUUCCAUUGAGGUUUUACCUGAUGGCAUUGGGAAGUUAAAAAAUCUGUCUAUCCUUAAAGUUGAUCAGAAUCGUCUAAUGCAGUUAACCGAUUGCAUAGGAGAAUGUGAAAGCCUUACAGAACUAAUCCUUACAGAAAACCAACUCUUGGUAUUACCAAGAAGCAUUGGGAAAUUAAAGAAGCUCUGCAAUUUAAACAUAGAUAGGAAUAAAUUAAUGUCUUUGCCAAAAGAGAUUGGUGGUUGCUGCGGUCUUAAUGUAUUUUGUGUGCGUGAAAACAGAUUGUCUAGGAUUCCCUCUGAAAUUGCAAAGGCUACUGAACUGCAUGUCUUGGAUGUUGCUGGAAACAGAUUGACUCAUUUACCAUUAUCACUGACCUCACUGAAGUUAAAGGCGUUAUGGUUGUCUGACAACCAGUCUAAGCCUCUGCUCACUUUUCAAACUGAUAUAGAGCCUGAGAGUGGUGAGAAAAUCUUGACGUGCGUACUAUUUCCACAGAUGCCUUCUGAGCCCAGUGGCCAAGACAAUUUACCAAGAUGCGGGGCUUUUGAAAGUUUGGUAAAUGACAUGUCAGAUGAAACCUGGAAUGAAAAAGCCAUGAACAGAAUAAGUGCCAUACGAUUUUUAGAUGACACGAAGGAAGAAGAUGAUGAUGAAUCGGCAACUCUGUUGAGAAGGGCCACUCCUCACCCCGGGGAACUUAAAAACAUGAAAAAGACUGUGGAGAACAUACGUUCGAACCUGAAUGCUGCUAAAGGACUGGAUUCUAACAAAAACGAGGUCAAUAAUGCCACUGACAGAGUGACCACGUCUGUGUAGAGUUCCACUUCCACAUCUUACCUCCUGUGUCUUCCCUGCUGUCGAAAUGUCCCUCUGCUUCCAGGAUCACAUUCUCUCCUUUGUUUGUACCAGAACAUGAUUCAUCUCCCUUCCUUUGUAACCUUGUUGAGGUGCUGCUUACUGGACAGAAGUGCCUUAUAUCAGUCAGUUGCUUGCACCUGUGAUCUCUAAAUUAAUGCUGUAAUUUUGUAUUUUACGAAUUGUGUUUUAAUAAGUGGUACACACUACUGCAUAUUUUUUAAUUCUUUUACUUGGGGAAUAUAUUGUGUAUUUUUUAACUGCUGGGAUAUUUUAUUACCAGUUAUUUUUUUUCAACACACUGGUGAAAAUUAUAUAGUUUUAUGUGAAAAUUAUAAUUUUUUUACUUUUUGGCAGCUUAACUGGUGUACAAUAUAAAUAUAAUUGUAUAGGAGCUUGAAAAUGUGGUUUGGUGUGUUUUAAUAGAGAGCAUAAAGGAUGGUACAUAUGUCAA